GGCAGGCCCACGAUGAAUGGGGACUAUUUGUUCAGCUGUUCCACAAAGGAGCUUUAGCCUCAGAAUGUGUGCAAGGUGGGGAGGGGGCAGGCGGCUAGCAGGCAACCGGAGCAGCUCAUGUUUCCCAAUUAAUGGAACUCUCUGAUUACUCUGGUGUUUCCUUCCAUGAGACCACCAAGUUGGGCACUCGGCUCCUUUGUUUUAGAAACAGAAUUUCCCCCCAGACAGUAAGUUUCUAUUUCUCCUCCAGGCCCCUUGAAGAACUUUUUCUAUGUUGUAAUAGCUUAUAUGGAGCCCGCCUCCCUUCUAUUUGGGUAUCUGCAUCUUGGUGCAACCUGUUCCUCCUUUUUCCUCCUAAAUUCACCCGAACUGUUCUUCUCCCCCAGGACCCCCAUUCAGAGGCCUCAGCGAGCAUUCCCAUGGGUUCCCCGGUUUGGUUGCUUUGGGAAUUGUAGGUGGGAUAGGAGCCGGGCGGAUGGCACACCCCUUACCCGAUCUCCCUGUAUUACUGUUUAAGAGGAUUGCUGAGGUUAACCGGAAUCUCCUUACUCCUCCCUGUGCCCAAAACACAGCAUGGAUCCCCGGCGGCCGUAGCCUGGAUGCGCAUUGGAUGUUCUUGCCGCAGCCAGGGCCUGACCUGGGCUGCCCUUGGUGAGGAGUGCUGGUCUCCGUAAGAGAGUGGGGGAGAUACAAAACCUCAGUGAGACGGCCAAGGAGCGUGGCUGCGGACUCUAAACCCUUUCCGUUCCCCUGGAAGAAAGGGCUUAUUCCCCUCCCUUGCCCUUCCACUCCUCCUGCUCCCCCUAGCAAGCGCCUUUCCUUCGAACCUCUGCUCCUUAAUUGUUUUACCUCCUAUGAUGCCAAAUGCUUUUCACAGGUUGUAAUACCCGCUGAACCCCAUUUCCCUGAAUGAAGAGCCCCCCUCUUGGUCCUUUGCCAGCCCAAAGCAGUCAAAGAUGAUGGGGCCUGCAUCACCCUUUCCUUGCCCCUGUUUCAAGAAUUAGGAAAAUGGAAGAGGCCCCAGCAGGGCCUGUGUGGGCAGCGGUCUGCAGGAUGUGGUUGCCCACCCCGCCAGGUGCAGGGGGCUUGGAUCCUGCUAAAUGUUCCAAAAUCGGGGGCACCGAAAAAGCCUCCUCAGUGUCAAAGUCUUGAUAAGUCCGGACCAGAGGUGGAAAAGUAAAUCCCCUCCCUUACACCUCCUCCCUUCCUCCCCUCCCCCGCUUCCCCCCUUCCCCGCAGCACACACCUUGGAGGAGAAAACCAUUGCCUUUCUCUAUGCCUCCUCCAGCCAACCAGGGUCCUGGUGCUGUUUGGUUCCAUCGGCUUUUAGGAUUAAAGCCCCUUCGUUUGAAAAAUGCUUUCUGUCUGUGGUUUAUUCUUACUCUUGGAACCUAAACUCCCUUUGCAUUUAUUAUUCAGGUAUAAUUGUUGGGAAGCUUUAGUCUCCAUCUUGAAUACUUUGAGUCACAGGGGACACCAUCAACUUCCACACUGUGCACUCUUCCAGCAGAGAUGACUAUUCAGUGAUGGUACGUACAUGGCUGCAAGCUAAGGCCUUCCUUGUGCGAUUGUCCCCAAUUUCUCCGGUCUGCAGGACGUUUGCGCGUCUGCCAACACGGAACCGUCAUUUGCCCUUCUUUCUUUGCCCAGUUUUUAGCAGUGCCUGGCACUGAGUAAAUGCUUAAUUUAUGCUUUCUUCUCCCUUUUACUGACUGGCGUGAAAUUUCCUUUAUCCUCACAAUAACUCUGGGACGCAGAGGCUACAAAUGGGGAAACUGAGGCAGGCAGUGCUAUAGGGACUUUCCAAGAGUUACACGGGGGCUGUCUGAGGUCACAUUUAAACUUGGAUCUCCCUGACUUCCUGACUUCCUGAUUCGCUGCGUCAUCUACUCUACUUACACCCUUAAAAAAAAAAAAAAGUCUAAUACUGACAAUAAAGAGGAGUUCCCGGUAAUUUACACAACAAAAACCGUAAUUUACAAAACAAAUAAAGAAACCAGGCCUGAAAUUAAAGUUAAAGAUGGACAAGCUGGUGAGCGAAUCAGGAGCGAGCGUCCCUGUACGACGUAGGAAGGUCCGAAGGCAUCCCAGCCAAUCAGGAGCCAAUGAGUGGAGGGGGGGUGGGGGGUCGGGGUCAGGUGGUUUGUGCGGGUCUCUCUCACGGGACUGCUCUCCUAGGUUUGACCAGCCCUCCCGAGGAGGAGGCGACCGUGGUAGCGGAAAGAAACCUCCCAGGAGAGGCAGGAAGCAGGCAGGCCCCCGCCUUCUCCUGUAGCGGUGCCUGCAGUCAUCGGUCACCGGCCCCAAGGCCGCUCUGGAAAACAUUGGGAUGAGGACCUGAGGAGCAGGAGCUGCCGAUGGGCCCGUGAUGCCCGAGCCCCUGGCCAGGGAAGCCCGGAGGACGCCAGGGGACCAUGGAGGCCUUGGACCUCAUGCUGGAGGACAGAGAUUGGAAAACUGAACCUGAAACAAAAGAAUCUAUUUCAAAGGUUGACAUUGUUGUGGACAAAUCAUCCCAAGAACAAUAUUCAAAAGAUGAUUACCAGUGCGCCAAGUUGGGAGAAGGAUGGAAUUAUGAUGUUGAGAAACCUGCUGUGCGUAAUGAAUGUGGGGACUCAUUCAAGUGUAAUAACGAUCUUUUUCAGGAUCAUAUGACAUAUAAUGUAAACCAAACCCAUGGUUAUAAUGAAUUUGAAAAAGACGUAAUGGAGGAUAAACAUCAUCCUGAGCAUCAGAAAAUCCAACCUAGAGAGAAACUUCAUGUCUGUAAAGAUUGUGGCAAAACUUUUAGCUUCAGCUCAUCCCUUAUGUACCAUCAGAAAAUUCAUACUGGAGAGAAGCCGCACAAAUGUAACGAAUGUGGAAAAGCUUUCAUUCUUCGAACACAACUAAAUUCCCAUCAGAGAAUUCAUACAGGGGGAAAACCUUAUGAAUGCAGCGAAUGUGGGAAAACUUUUCGAUACAAUUCGUCUUUUACGUACCAUCAGAAAAUUCAUACUGGGGAGAAACCUUAUGAAUGUUAUGAGUGUGGGAAGGUCUUCAGAGGGAACACCCAGCUUAAUUCCCAUCAGAGAAUCCACACUGGAGAGAAACCUUAUGAAUGUGACGAAUGUGGGAAAACUUUCAAUCAGAGCACCCAGCUUACUUUCCAUAAAAGAAUUCAUACUGGAGAAAAACCCUAUGAAUGUAAUGAAUGUGGGAAGGCCUUCAUGCAGAGUGCACACCUUAUUUCUCACCAAAAAAUUCAUACUGGAGAGAAACCUUACGAAUGUAAUGAAUGCGGGAAGGCUUUUAGUUCUAGUACAUCUCUCACUUACCACCGGAGAAUUCAUACUGGAGAGAAACCUUAUAAAUGUAAUGAGUGUGGGAAGGCUUUCAUCCAGAGUGCACACCUUACUUCCCACCAGAAAAUUCAUACUGGAGAGAAACCUUAUGAAUGUAGAGACUGUGGGAAAGUUUUUAGCUCUAAUUCAUCUCUUAUUUACCACCAGAGAAUUCAUACUGGAGAGAAACCUUAUGUAUGUAAUGAAUGUGGACAGGCCUUCAGAGUGAACACACAGCUUACUUCCCAUCAGAGAAUUCAUACUGGAGAAAAGCCUUACGAGUGUAAUGAAUGCGGGAAAGCUUUUGUCCACAGCACUCAUCUAACCUUCCAUCAGAGGAUUCAUACUGGGGAGAAACCAUAUGAAUGUAAUGAAUGUGGGAAAGCUUUUAGCUCUGGCUCAUCCCUUACUAACCACCAGAGAGUUCAUACUGGAGAAAAACCUUAUGAAUGUAAUGAGUGUGGGAAAUCUUUUAGACACAAUUCAUCCUUUCUUUACCACCAGAGAAUUCAUACUGGAGAAAAACCUUAUAUAUGUAGUGAAUGUGGAAAGGGCUUUAUUCUCCGAACACAGCUCACUUCCCACCAGAAAAAACAUACUGAAGAGAAACUUUAUGAACAUAAUGAAUACGGAAAAGCUUUUUGAUACAAUGAAUUGCUUAUUUAUCCCCCAGAUACUUUGUAGUAGAAGGAAAUGUGAACAAAGUAGUGUUGGAAAGCCUUCCAUUAGAGCACCAAAAUGUUUAUCCUGGAAGGAUUUAUAAAAAUAAUGAACAUGGGAAUGUGUUCAUUCUAAGCUCAAAGAAAACUUAUAAUUACAGAAUUAUCUAAAGCUCUUCAAGCAAGGUGCACACCUUAGGGAAUAUCAGAAAAAUACUAGGAGAAGUCCUGUAAAUGUAAUCAGUGUGGGAAAAGGCUUUAAAUAUCAGUCAUCCUUGAAUUACCACAAGAAAAUUGUUGAAAGUGAAUUGUUUGGAGAAUAUAACUGACUCCAUUUUAUUCUGUGUUGGCCAUUUUUCUGUGUAGGAACUGCAUGAACUGAAGGACCAGCUUAAAUAGUUGGUUUUCUUCAAUGUCUUCUUUCAUCCUCUAAUUGGUACAAAAAGACUUGAUUCCUUUAAAAAAAAAAAAAAAAAAAGAAAGAAAAGAAAAAAGGACUCCACAAGCUCUGUAAUAUCUCCUUCCCUCAUUUACCGUGAUAAAUAGUUCCCCUUGACUUGAUGAAAUUAACCAUACUAAAAAGGGCACAUCCUUUCUCAGUCUUCGAUAGCUUUCAUAUACAUUUUCUUAAAGAAGUAUAUGUUUUUCUUUGUAAUACUAGUUGCGCUGUAAUGAGCAGCCAUCUUUUUUUUCUUUGUUUAUUACAAUGUAUAAAUAAUAUCGGUGACAGGUUGAGUGGGUUGCUCUCUGAGUGUAUGAUAAAACCUGUUUGUCUGACUUGUGUUAGUCACAAAUUGGCAAAAAGUGGCCAAACUGAUAAGAAAAUUCUUGUCACAGUUUUGGCAACUCCAUCUGGUACUGGCCAAUCCAGCCUUUACCGAUCCCCAUCUCCAAGAACUUUACAGCCAUAUACUGAUGAAUUCAUUUCAGGAACUUCUAGAAAUAGGGAAAAGGGAGGGCUGUUAAAAGCAGUCGGACACUCUUGUGCUCCCAAUUAAGAGACCAACAAAGACAGGUUAAUGUUUUGUGUAUUCUUGUAAUGUGUGGUCUGGUCUUGUGUCAUUUGUGCUUACUCUGUGUCUUAGUCAACUUUUCUGUCUAAAUUCUUGGUUAGAUUUUCAUUCUGAUCUUGUACCUGGCUCCAAGGGGCCAUGGAGCCUUUGGAAAAACUAUACUUGGAAGGGCAGAACCAGAGGAAACUGGUGGAGGUCAGACAAGUCAUCUGACCAUAAACUCAAGUGGUCAGGAGGCCGGGGACAGGGGAGAAUCCCAAACAUUAAUGCUAUAAAGCAGAUGUAAGCCUUAAUAUUACCUUGAGUAAUCGGUCAUCAUGAUGGGAUCUAGUUGAUAUUCUGGAAUAGAAUCUUCAGCUCAGUUUUGAUGACUUGGGGAAAAAAUUCUGGGAAGGGCUAGUCUCUAAAUAAGAAUUUGUUUUUUCUUAAACUAAAUAGCCAUUCAAUACCUAGUUUACUUAAUAUUAAACUAAUAAGAUUAAUUUACUAAAUUAACAUACUAAAUGAUACUGGCCAUAACAUUUAGAAAUGUUAGAGGGAAAAAAAUGAGUUAUGGAUUUAUUCGAGUAGAUCCUAAGGUGCGUACGUUUUGCCAACUAAAUUGUGAAACAUUAAUGAAUCUUUCUCUUCAGGAGAGAAAGCCACCUCCUCAUGCCAUUUUGCCCUUUACAUCUUGCCCCUCAGGGGCAAGAAAAACUUUCCUAUGAAAUCCUCUUGCUGGUUAUUUUUUAUCUUCACUGAAUGGGAUGGUAAGACCCACAUGCGGGAAGAUCACCAGAUACAACUUCUAGAUUUUUUGCUUUGAAAUUCUGGCCAAGACUGCUAUUUUGUAGGAAACAAUGGAUGUUAAUGAUCUUUCGGUGGUCUCUGUUAUUACUGCCAUCACCUGUGGUACUGGUAGAAGAUAAGCUCGUCUCCCCAGGUACCCAGUUCUAGUGUCAACUGUCCUGUUCUCAGUAAAUUGUCCAUAGAAAAUAAGGGGGAAAUGGGGGAGAGAACUUUUAGACCACAAAUUUCAAAUUUUUCAAAAGAUAGUCUUGUUUCUAUGUUCUUAAUUCUAGCUAGGUUGGAAGUGAAUGAAAAAAAGGAAGAAAAUCCUUUCCCCAUUUACAUAAAUGUAUGGUAUUGUAAACUAAUUAGAGAUUAAAUUUUGACUGAAAUGUAAUCCCUUAUUAUGAAUUUUUUCCCGUGAGGCAAUUGGGGUUAAGUGACUUUGCCCAGGGUCACACAGCUAGGAAGUGUUAAGCGGCUGAGGGCAGAUUCGAACUCAGGUCCUCCUGAUUUCAGAGCUGGUGCUCUAUCCAUUGAGCCAGCUAGCUGCCCUCCUUGCUAUGAAUUUUCAAUAUAGUUUGGAUGUUUUUAUAAAGGCUGGAAUAUCUUCGUGAGUUUUCGAGGUUGAUGCUCUUUAUUAACUUAAGAAAAAUGAAAGUUACAUACAGAUAACACUUCAAUCCUCUCUCUUCCUUGAAGUGUGACAGGUUUAUUGUUUUAAGGUAAGGUGUUUUAUUCUUUUAAGAAGAAGAUUUCACCAACUAGAAGAAAACUAAGAAAGCCUUAAACAGUUUUAAAAAAAAAAAAUUAAGAAUCAAAUAGUUUUGAAGUCUGCAAUUCCUAAAUAUUUGGUGCUUAAGAACCAUGUAGUGCAAUUAUUAACUCAUAUACAAUUUGAAAAAAAAAAAAAAAGGUUUAUUUAAAUCAGCAAAAUUGCAUUUUAAGGGAAAGUUUUCAUUUUACUUCUGUGUUCUUCUGUGAAUUAACUUAAUAAAUUAUAAGAGCCUAAGUAAAUUAGAAGCAAAGUCAUCUUUAAAAGAAAUUAGAAGUGACUGCAUUUGCAAGCCUUUAAAGAAACAAAUUGGAACUAUUUUACUUAGCAAAAUGAGGAAUUAUCUGUAAACCUUAAAGUUUCCAUUUUGAUCAGGGAAAAAGUAAAAGUUUUGCAGUUAAUUGGAAUUGUGUAAUAAAACUUGUGCUAAUUUAGAAAGAUGAGAUUUUAAUAAUGUAAAGAAAAGUAGUUUUGUGGCUGGAAUGGAAUAUGAUUAGGAAAUAAAGUUGUGAGCGAUUGAGAAAGUAGAGAAGGAAAGUGAAGGGUUGAAUCGGUUUGGAAGUCAAAGAGUUGGGUUUUGAAGGGAACAAUAAGAAAGUUAAAGGAUGUUUGGAGACCAUUUGCACUUACACAGUGUGGAUAUAAAACUUGAUUAGAAGGCAAUGAGAAUUAAAGAAGUAGGGAAUAUAAAAGUAAUGAUUUUCUUGACUCAGCUUGGCAUAAUACAAGAUCUUUGUUUUUGCCAGCAACCAAAAUGUCCAGCAUAGCUCAAAAGAAAAGCCGAGAAGGUAAUAAAAUAUCAGUUAAAUCUUAUAACUGCUCUAGAUUAGAGGAAAAUGGAAGAUCUCCAUGGCUCUAAAAUGGUUGUUACAUUUGGAGAACUUCUUUCCUCAACUAGUUAAUUUUGAGGGGUUUUUUAUGAUUGCCAAGCUUUAUAUCAUUAAUUUUUAUAUUCUUGUUUAUGUAGAAAAGUAGCUGGAAUCAUGUGGCAAAAACUGGGAAAUUACUAUUUACAAAAUAAUCUGUGUUCUGAGUGAUAAUUACUGAUAGCGCCUUUAUAAUAUAUGGACAAUUCACCUUAAUAUAUACUGAUCUCUAUUAUCUAUACUAUGCUCUCUACUGAUCUCUUAAUGUAACUAUAUAGAAUGCAAGAGUUGAUAGAUGAAAUGGUUUUCUUUAUAAGAUAAUUCAGAAUGUAUUUAGUUGAGUUGAUGUCGUUUAAUUGGCAAUGUUUUGUUUCAUGUUUUAAAUCCAUACUAUUGUUUUAAAAAUUAUGAUGUUCCUUAUUUUUUGCAUUGUGAUUUUGGGAAACCAUUAUAAAUGCUGUUAAUUUGAAAAAUGAUACUUAGAAUGUACUUUCUACGUUUGUGUCAUUAAGAGAUUAACCUCUCCCUCCUGUCCUUUGAUUUGAAUGCUAUGAAAUGAUGAAUUUGAAUUCUCACAUAUUAGAGACUUAUAAUUAUAGUUUUAAAAAAACCUGUCUACUUCCUUGAUUAUAUUUUGCAUAAAUAUGAAUAAUAGUAAUUAUUUAGAAUUUGGCAAAGCCUAAAAACCUUAUUAUCUUCUUAUUAUUUCUUAUUCUUAUUAAUAAUUAUUAUUAUUAAUAAUUCUUAUUAUCUGUGAAAUUCUUUUAAGGACAUGUCAGGUCCUUUGGCUCUUCAACUUGGGCAAGAUUAUAAAAUCUCAGCUCCGUGGAAGAGGGCACUGAAAGAAUGAGAAUUUUGCAAAUUCUAAGAUAAAAAUCAGAUUACUAAUUAUGAAGUUCAUGAAAAGCAAAUUACAUAAGAUUAUACCUAGAAAAAUGUGCAUUGAAGUUAUAUCUUUGAGCCAAUGUAACAUAGGUCUCAAUGAACAUAUUUUUUUUUUGCCUUAUAUGAUACGUUAAGAUAUCCAAAUUGUCAGAAGCCAUUGUCUUUCUCACUUUUCAAUGAACUAUAUCAAACAUUAACUUUUUAUAAAAAACCCAGAAUGUGAUUAUUUUCUUAACCUUUACUACUUCGUUAUGAUAUCUGAACAUAUAGAUGCACACAAACGAAUUAAAGUUGUUUUUUAAAUAUCAUGUAUGUACUUGAUUAGUACUGAGGAUCAAUUUUAAAAAUUAUUUUAAAUGAAUAUUAUUGCAACAAGGAAAUUACUAUAUCCUCCCUUAAGCUGUGACCACUGGAAUUUGCUGUGUUAAGGGAGUUAAACCUCUUGGGACUAUAAUUUGAUUUGGUCUGAGUUUUGAAUUCAGAUAUAAUUUUGAAUUAUUGCUAAGCCAGUAAUUCAGCAUUCAAGGGAAAUGCCAUAAACUGCUCAAAGAAAGGGCAUUCUGAGAAAUGCUGCAGGUGGGUGAAAGUACCUGGGAAGACUGAGAAAAGAGCUUUCUGAAAGUAAUGGUAGGAGCAUCUAGACUCAAUUUCCCCACUGUGUUCUCCUCUCUGAAUAGUAAAAUUUCCCACCUGGUUAAUAUUGAGCCUGACCGCAAAACCCUGUGAAUAGUAUGAAUAUAUUCAGAUUUUAUCCUGGAAAUAAUAAGGAACUACUGAACUUCAAUCAAGGGUUUUUUGAGGUCCACUUAAAUAUUCACAGAUGCUUGUCCAUAUAAAUGCCAAACUAUACAGGCAUAUGAAUAUGUUUUAGUAAUUGUUUAUAAGAUCUUAAAUUAGAUUGAGGCUUUCCAGUAUAGAAUCAUUUAAUUAGUUGUCAAGAAACUUUUAAGUCACAAUUUUUUUUUUUUAAUGAGAAGAUAGAGGAAAUGAAUGUUAUCCAAGUCCUUUACAAAACAACUUAAAUGACUGUACCUUUAAGUAUAUACAUAUAUGUAAAUAUAUAGGGAGAAGAGAAGUACUAGUGAUCCUUGGCAAACCACCUAUUAGGUCAGGAAGAGUUCAGUGAGAUUUUGAAAGCAUUAACUUGCCACUCUGAAAAACAAAAGUUUUGCUCAAUAAAAUAUACUGCCAUUUUCUAGAAGCCUUUGUUUUUAUGGUUUUACACCAUAAAGCUUAAUGAGGGAAAUAUAAAAGCAGUAAGUAGAGAAUUCAGUGUUUUCAGUUGCUCUGUAGAAAUUGCUAUUUGUCCUAACCAAAUGGUCAAAGAUCAUUUCCCCUCCCCUUAAUAUGUGUGGCUAAACGCCAUACAAAAUAGUCGAUAUAAGUUCAUUAAAUAUAAGUUUUUACAGUCAUGUGAUCCUAAGGCACUUAGCUUUAAGUAAAGGUUUGUCUCCAUUUGUUGAAAUUCAUAUAUUAAAUGAACUAGUUCUCCAAAGCAUUUCGUUAUAUGUAAUAAGCUGAUUAAAUGGAUUUUAAAACAUAAAAUUUGUAUCUUAUUUUGGGAAUGCUUAAAAAAGGAAAUUGAAUUUUUCCCCUAUUUCUGUUUGAGGUCCUCUAAUUAUAUUGAGACAGUAGGACUUUUUUAGAAACCGAGGUUCUUAAGAAUCCUUUAAAAGAUUGUUCCUCUAGCCCUUAGAUAGCAUUGUUUAUAGCAAUGUCUAGUUGUACCACGUGGCAGGUUUCAGGUAAACAUCUAAAGAAGAAAAAAUAGUAUGGAAUAGAAUAACUUCAAUAACUUCAGUGGUCCUCAAAAUGUAGUCCAAAGAAGUGUUGGGGUCUCUGAAACCCUUUCAGAGGGUCUACAAAUUCAAAAUUAUUUUUAUUUCUAAUAUAGUAAAUAGCUAUAAAUAUAACCCAUGUGAACAAAAACCCUUUGAACAGAUCCUCGAUAGUUUUUUAACAACAUGAAGAUACUGAGAACAAAAGUUUGAGAACCACUGAACUAAACUUUCAGAGAUGACCUCAUCUGAUGUUCUUCCUCUAGCCCUGAUGUUCCUAAGUUAACUCCAUGAGACUUGUACAGACUUUGACCACAUGAACUGUAAUUACCGGAAAGCCAAUGCAAUUAGUUCUGUCAUGCCUUUCUAAUAAACUGUAUUAAGUUUUAUCAUCAACAGGUAAAAGAACUGCCUAGAGAAUCUUCAUAAGUGACCUGGAACCUGGAAAGUGGUCAAGGAAAUAACCUCUGCAAAUCCACCCUGUAAACAAGGUGAAAAGACCUAUUCCAUGUACUUUUGACAACUAACACCUCAAUUAAAGACACCAAGAUGUUGACUCAGAGAUACACAUUUCUGAGUUUAAGUAGAUUAAACUGGACAAUCUGUGGACAGUUGUCAAAGACAGACCCUUUAAUACAGAAUUUCCUAAGAAAAGUGAAGCAGAUGACUUCAUGAAGUAGACAGCUAACCCAAAAUGAUGGGAAAACAAACCUGCUCUCUAAGAGGAUAUUACAAUACAUUCCCUGUUUUGAUUUUUCUCCUCUGACAAUAGAGUGAUUUAUUCUCUUAGGAAUGUCCUGUUUUUUAUCUUAAUUUCCUUGUUCCUUUUUAGAUUUACUAUAACUGAUUAUUUAUUGAAGUUUGAUUAUUUUUAAGGGAAUGUUCUGAAUUUUGUUUGAUUUUUUUUUCCUCCUCUGACAAUAGAGCAAUUUAUUCUCUCUUACGAGUCUCCUGUUUUUUUAUCUUAAUUUCCUUGUUCCUUCUUAGAUUUACUAUUACUGAUUAUUUGUUGAAGUUUGAUUAUUUUUAAGAGAAUGUUCUGAAUUUUGUGUGAUUUGUUACCCAUAUAUUUUGUUUCAUAACCGCUAUAACCUUCUUUGGACCAAGUUGCCUAUUUUGCUGUACAAGCUGACUUCAUCUCAUCCUCUUAUUGGGUGUCCUAAAGAUAAAAAUGGUUUUAUCUAGGGACAGAGGGGGAAUUGUUAAAAGUGAAUAUUUGAGAGAACAUGACGGACUCCAUUUUAUUCUGAAUUAGCAGUUUUGCUGUGUAUAAUGCCUGCAUGAACUAAAAGACCAGCUGCAAAAGUUGGUUCUAUUCAGUGUCUUCUUUCCUCAUAUAAUUGAUAACAAAAAGACUUAGUUGCUAUAAAAAAAAUUAGAAGAGGACUCAGUAGUCUCUGGAAUAUCUUCUCUUAUCUAGCUUGAUCUGUAGUUCCCUUUGACUUUGAUAUGUAAUUUAACUAUACUAACAAGUGCACAUCCCUUCUCUUAUCUCCUAUAGCUAAUGAUAUGUUUUCUUUAACAUUCUUUUUUAAUUUGAAUAAUCAGCUGCACUAUAAUGAGCAGUCACUUUUUUCCUUUGUUUCAUGUAACAUAAAACUGCUACUAGCUGAAUUAUGAACGAUGCAUAUUCCCAGUCAAACGCUGCUGGGGUGUGUCAUCUAAUAAAACCCGUUUCUCUGAUUCGUGCCGGCUUAUUGGCAAAAGCUGGUCAAACUGAUAAACACGUGCAACAGGAUGCGAGCUGUAAUUGUGGGACCGCUUUCAAUGAGAUGGCACACCUUCUCGAUCUUCCAAAAAUUAUUACUUGAGAAAAACAUUUUAUGGAUGUAAAGGACUUAGGAAAUCUUCUUAUUAAGUAUAAGACAUACUGGAAAGAAACCCUAUUAAUGCAGCAAAUGUGAGUGUAUGGAGAUAAAGGGGACCUUACUGUAAGAGUGGAGAUAAGGCCCUCAGGUCUGUUUCCCUUGACUGUUUACCAGCUAAUGCUUUCCAUAUGGGUGGUUUUGUGAUAUCUGGGCACACACACAAAAAGGUGAGAAACGGCUUGUUGUCAAAACCAAAUGUGUUAAGGGUAUAGUUGGCUAGCCCUUGAAACUCUGACAAGAUACGGAAAUAGGACUAGUAAAAAAAGCCUAUUCCAUUAAGCCUCCAGGGAUUUUUCCUUUGAGACCCACAGCUGAUCUCACGGAUGGAAAUGCAAACCGCUGGAGCUUGGUUCCACUAGUGUGUGUAUGGGAAAUUAGACUGGAUUUGGGGGACGGAUAAUUUAAACCAAUUAAAAGUCCUUGUCUAGAACCCCACAAUAGCUUCCCAGAUUUGACAAAACAUCCUGAUUCAUGCAAGCUGCUGAAAACUGCACAAAGCCACUUUGGACAUGUCCACAUCAGGGAUAACUUAUUAAUUAUGUAUCUUUAUUUGAAUAAACCUCAGCAAAAAUUAAAA